GCUCGAUGGUUGGUCCGAUCGAUUAUGUUAAUAUUAUGGGUGCCGUCCGUUAAUUAUUUAUAUUUUUAUUAAAUAUUAAAUAAGUAAUAAUAGUUGAAUCCCUACAAUAUUUUUAAGUGUUUAAAUAUACAAAAGUUGUAAUUUACAAACCGUCACUUGCGAGUUUUAUUUCUCAGGUAGGAUAAUUGUAAAUAAAAUGAAAGUUUACUAUUUUUUGUUGUUGUAUGUGUGUUGUGUGAGAAGUAAUGGUGAUAAAGAAUCAGAAGAUGAUAGUAAAAGGAAAAGCAUAAUAGAGCAAUUGACAAAAACACGGACGGUAAUCCUAGAGAAUUAUAAUUUAGUGACAAGGCAGAUUGCGACCGAUGUUUAUAUGUACAGAAGUUAUCGUACUGUUGCCGUACUACUAUAUCACAUCGUGCCCGAUGUUACCGAUGCCCGGUUUACUUUGCAGUCAGAGGAACUUCACCUGAAUAAUAUUGGUUCCUGCAGUCCUCAAGAUGUGAUUGUGAACAUAAAACAUGGGUCCUAUCCUGCAGUUAAUCCUGAUGGGUAUGCAUUUCCUAAGCAUUUUGUUGAACCAGCAACAAGAGAGCAUAUUCAUACAAUAGAAUUGCUGUCUGACGGCAAGAACAGGACAUAUUCCAUACGUAAUCCUAGACCUGGUAACUGGUAUGCACUGGUUUAUAUCAAAUGGGAAGAUCCUAGGACACAGAAAGUUGAGCAACAAGGCUUAGUAGCAGAUUGUCACACAAUUCUGUACACAGAUUUACAAGUAAGAAGAGAAACGAAUAUAAGCCUUAUUGACUGCUAUUCAGGAAUAAAUAUCGACUAUAAUAGAAUACCAGUGUCAUUCAAAUGCAUGUCCUUAGAUAAUUCAGAACCGUUAACAUUAAAUUUGACCAUAAAAAAUACUUCAACUAAAAACUCGGUAAUACUAUUCAGAGUCCAAUCUUUAUCAUUACCGACAGAGGACAAUUAUCUAAUAUCCUGCGCGUUUGAUCCAAGACUCAACAACGAACAGACAAUUACCUUCAAUCCGUUUCCUAAUUCGUGGCAUUACGUGCAACUCGAAAACAUCUUAGGCAAUGCAACUAAAUACGCAGACUGCGAAUCAUAUUAUCUCCGUUCAGAUCUAGAUGAUAUCGCAAAUCAAACGACAUUGGACCUUAUGCGCGAUGAUAAAGGUAGAUUUUUCACUUUCGAUUACGGUCUACCCACUACUGACCUUCACGACGCCACCAGUCUAGUCAAUCUCACGUCGGGCGAUGUAAAAAGUUUGAGGUUUAGAGUCAAUCAGUUUUUGGAUAUCGGUGGCAAUUUUGCGAUAGAAGCGAGCCUGUUUAUGAACUAUAAAUAUUAUAUGGGAUAUAAAAGAGAGGUGACUAAAAGCGGUUUACUUGAAUUUACUGAAAAGAAUCAGUUUUUUAAGGUCGUUAUAUGUAUGGACAUCGGUCACGCUAGUUUGCCAUUGAAGACAGGUCAUUGCAAAUUUAAUGAUCACGUCAAACCGGCUCUAUUCGUUCUAAACAGCACAGAUUCAGAGUCAAUUUACGACAAAGUGAUAAUACCUUACCCUGACAGUGGUACAUGGUAUAUAACCUUCCGAUUAUUCUGUGAUGAGGUCGUCUGUCCUUGUCGCACGUCAGACAACGGGACCAAAUACUACGUCGAUCCUAAGGUGAUAGACAGAGACGAAGAUAUUGCAAGUUCAUUGAACAAUACAAGACAGGGAGAGAGCGUUUGCAAUACCACUGUUGUUCUGUCCUUGUCGUCUACCUCAUGUCUGAGCGGGAGAUGCAGUAACCAUGGUAACUGCGGCUUGAAUACCUUUGGUGGCUUGGUGAUGUCCUUCUGUUCAUGUUCAGCGGGAUAUGGAAGUUGGGACUGUUCUGAUGAUUCUAGAAUGGACAGUCGAAUCUACAUGUUGAUCUCUGUUCUUUUGCUCACUUUAAGCAAUCUUCUCUUCUUCUUCUCCAUCUACGUGGCCAUCAUCAGGUACUACUAUUCAGAAGCAAUGAUGUACACCUUCACUAUGGUCUUCUCGACGUUCUACCACGCUUGUGAUGCUCCAGCUCAAGUCGCCUACUGCAUUAUUAGAGGUAGUAUACUCCAAUUUGGUGAUUUUUACUGCGGUCUUAUGUCUUUCUGGGUAACUUUAUUAGCUAUGAGCAUUGUGAACGAGAGACUUCGGUCUUCUCUACAAUUAACAGGUGCGAUAGUGAUAGCGCUAUUGACUACUUGGAAUAUGCAUUCGUUUGUCUCUUUCUUACUGCCUGUCGCGAUUGGUAUCACCAUACUUCUGAUAUCCUGGUACUUUGAUUACAAAAGAACGAGGAAUCUUAGAUAUCCCCGUUCUUAUUAUACGACUUAUUUACCUUGCGGAGUAUUUUUUGUGUCCGUAGGUUUAAUAUGUUACGCGUUUUUACAAACUGAACAAAAUUACAAAAUAGUACAUUCUUUUUGGCAUAUGAUAAUCGCUGUCAGUGUUGUUUUUCUCUUACCGGACGUAAAACGGAACGGUGUUAAUCCGUUCCUGCCAGGUUCGGAUUAUUUUAAAUCGCCAUUUUGGAAUGUCUUUCAAAGAUCACAAAAUCCUAUUGCUGCUGAUUGAGUUAUGUUUAUUUUAAAUGUAGAUUAGCUAAUAACAAAGUUGUGGUGUUGCCGCAUUUAAUCGUAAUUUGACAUUUAACAUAGAUAAUAAAAUCAUAGAAUGGUCACUAUCAGUCAGUCAAUUCUGUGUCGAUUUAAUUAUAAAGUGUUGCCAUAUUGACUGAAUUAAUAUUCCAAAGAUUAAUCA